UACCGAACUACUAAUAUUCGAUUACAACAUCAAUAUUUCAUCGAUCGUGUGUUGUGAUGGUUGGCCCCAUUUCGUGGCAGGAAUACAUUGACAUCACCAUUUCCCUGAGCCGUACUACUGUAACGCGUUACUGUUGUACAUCCUUUUUGCUUGUGUCACUGCUACUAGACACCCAAUUGUAAAUAGCGCAUAGGGGUCUCACAAUCACAACCACGCCGUGUUACUAAUGAGUCAUUGCUGAAGGUGUUUCAUACCGAUUUGAAAUAGCUUUGGGGAAGGGAUUGUAACACCCCAUACGACGCAUAUGAGAAUAUUCCAUUUAUGAGCAUUUUAUGAGCUACCGUCAAUCACGUGUUGACAGCACACAAAUGGACCAAUAACCAUAAUUUGGAUGCCACCACCCAAAACCCUGCCUUCCAUCCGUUCGCUUAUCGGACAUCUUCUUCUUUUUCUUCGUCUCUCUGCGAGGCGCUUGGGUGGUACGAUAGAGGAAUCCAGCUUCCUGGGCCUUCCCCUAUUACUCCCCCGUAUUGGACUUGGACGCUUUAAAACCUCAAAGAUUUCCCAGACCGGCAACUUAGGCCAUAUGUCGCCGCUUAUCGGACAUAGGUGAUUUUAUUUAUUAUCUGCUGCUUUGUGCGAGGAACCGGCACAAUCGAAAAAAAAAUAAUAUCAUUUCUCACGCAAACCGGAUCAGCUUAAAUUUGUCUCCAUCAACGAUUGGGUUUUGGUUAUCAUUGACCCAUUCGCAGCCAUGCAAUAAGAGUAAAAAUCAAAACAAACACAACAUCUGUUCAGCCGUGAAUUGUACGUUAUCACACUUCCAACGAGUGGCAUUUAGCUGGGUGAUAAUGGGCCUUUUUGCGCUCUCUCUAUCUCUCUCUCUCUCUUUCUAUUUAUUCUGUUUCUAAAGUUUAGAAGUGAUGAAGUGUUCGAAAAAAUGUGUUCUUGACGCAAUAGCCUUAUGAGUCACUACUUACAUCUUACACUAGCGUUGGCUUUUUCCCGUUGUCUCAUCGCGAUACUAAUGAUUGACGUAGUGCUGUUUGCUUGAUUGUUUGGAGGCUUUCGUUAGCUGUGUAUCUUACAAUUUGUCAAGUAUUAGUUCUUUUUUUUUUGGGAAAAAAAUCAUCAGCAAAGAGAUGUGGAUUGAUGUGAUCUUGGAUCGAAAGAAGUAUCUUUUUUCUAAUGCUAACAACAUCACACAGUGCUAAGAGCAUUAGGAAAGAAAUGCUUCUUUCGAUAAUGGAGCUCAACAAUUAGCAUCUCUUAUCCUUUUUUUUUGCAUUACAGAAGGGAAAUAAUUUUUCAUUGAAAUUACCUUUCGACUUGAUAAGCUACUCAUGAAUCAAAACAAUGCGAUCUUGAUAGUACAGUACAUCUCGAUAGUGUAAACAAUUUAGUGUCCUUUCGGUAUCGAUAAGGUCAGCUUGUUUGCUAAUUUAAACUUGUAAAAGCUACUUUGUGCCUAGUGGAGAUGAGUGAAUAAGAGUGAGUGAGUUGAAUCUUGACUCAGCGCGAAGAGAUCUUUUUGACUCAUUAGUGCGGACUAACGACUCACUCUUUCAUGUUCGAAAUCACACAAUAUGAGUAAUGUUUCAUACUAACAUUAGCGACCAGUGAGCAACAUUACCAAACUUGAGCGGAAACAUCGGGCGAAAGAAAAAUGACACCUAAUGCGGUAGAAAGUGUAUCGACAGACACCGAUCCGAACGCUGGUUGCGUUCUUACAGCAAACAUGGACACGGAAACGCUUCGGAAAAGGAAACAGGACACCCGAAGUACAAUCAGCGACCAAAACAACAACAGUACAGGCAGCGACAGUGGUGGUGGUGUUAAUCACUGUGAUCAUGACACGGGCACACCCUUUCGUGCCCAGAUACGGUGGCCCGACUUUUUCGCCCAGCUGUUCGUGCACGUUGGCUUUCUGAUUGGAGUUUACUAUUUGGUGACAUUCCGGGCCAAGUUCUACACAUACCUAUGGACCCUGGGAUUGGUGUGGGCCACCGGAUUAGGUAUAACGGCCGGUGCUCAUCGGCUUUGGUCCCACAAAUCGUACAAAGCCCGUUGGCCGUUGAGAUUGUUACUGAUGUUCUUAUUCACGAUAUGUGGCCAGCGUGAUGCAUACACGUGGGCACAUGAUCAUCGCGUACACCACAAGUACUCGGAAACUGAUGCCGAUCCGCACAAUGCCAAGCGUGGCUUUUUCUUCGCCCACGUGGGCUGGGUGUUCCUUACCCCACAUCCGGAGGUCGUCGCUAAACGGAAAAUCAUCGACAUGAGCGAUCUUGAGGCUGAUCCGAUCGUUAUGCUUCAGCGACGCUUUUACAUUCCACUGUUUGCGCUGCUCGUCAUUGGAUUGCCAGUGCUGGUACCCUGGUACUGCUGGGAGGAGCAGUUAACCAUUGCGUUCUGGGUGUGCUUUACGUUGCGCUUUACCACCACGCUCAACAUUGCGUUCUUCGUCAAUAGUGUAGCGCACAUGUUUGGCAACAAGCCGUACGAUAAGAGCAUCAGCCCGGUGGAAAAUUUGGCCGUUGCAAUCGCUGCAAUGGGCGAGGGUUGGCACAACUACCACCAUGUGUUUCCGUGGGACUAUAAGACGAGCGAGCUGGGAAGCUAUCUGUUCAACGUGACCACGGGAUUUAUCGAUUGUUUUGCACGUCUCGGAUGGGCCUAUGAACGUAAAUCCGUGCCACCCGAAGUGGUCGCUCGACGUGCGGCCAAGUGUGGCGAUGGUACACGCUUUCUUACCGAUGAGUACGCACAUCAGGAUGCCGUGUGGGGUUACGGCGAUCAGGACAUACCAAAGGAAGAUUUAGAUGCUAUUGUAAGGACGCAGCGCUGAUCAAUGAAUGACACAGUUGACCUUGACAUUCAACAAAACGAGAUCAUGGGAGUAACGGUUUUGUAGUUUGUUUGUAAUACCACAAUCAGCUUUACAAGAAUGUGUUGCAGUGUUAGUCAGUUAUUGAUUAAUGAAUAAACAACUUUUUUCAUUUAAAA